UGUGACAACUCAGCGAGCUUCUCUAUGCUAGCAGCAAGUCUGGAUCGACAACCAAAGAUGAAGUCUGUGUGCUUAUUUUUGAACAAAAUGCCUAAACUCAAACGCCGGCUGCUCCUGACCGCGCUUCUGCUGCUGGCAGUCUCUUCAGCUUCAUGGUUUGCCAUCUUUCUCCUCCAUUCGUCAGAAGAAGAAGGCAGCCCUUCCAAUUUGGGUCGUCUCUCAGCUUCUCCUCCCACACCACACAUCACUCUUCCUGUAGAUUCAGGUCCUUACCACAACUGGCAGCUCUUUGCUGCUGACUUUGAAGAUAUGAUCCAAAGCUUCAAGAUUUAUGUUUAUCCCACCAAUUCUGCUUCUUCUACUUUUGCUUCCUCUGCUUCCAUUUUCCUUCCCCACCCAAACCCAUUCGACCCAAAACUCGGAAACUACUUCAGCGAGCACAUGUUCAAGCUGUCUCUGCUUAGCAGCUCCCUCAUCACCACCAACCCAGAAAAAGCCCAUCUCUUCUUCCUACCCUUCUCAGUCAAUCUCCUCAGAAACGACCCACGUGUCCAUUCUGAGCCGUCCAUUGCAGAUUUUGUUGCCCGAUACACCACCAGCAUCAGCCAAGAUUUGCCCUUCUGGAAUGCCUCUCUAGGGUCUGACCAUUUCUAUGCCUGCUGUCACUCUGUUUGUCGAGAGGCCUCCUCCAAACAUGUUGGGUUGCGCAACAAUGCCAUUCAGCUCACAUGCUCCUCCAGCUACUUCCAAAGAUUCUAUGUUACCCACAAAGAUGUUGCCUUGCCCCAAGUUUGGCCUCGCCCUCCUCAGCAUGCCCUCAACCCCCCACACGCCAGGGAUAAGCUUGUGUACUUUGCGGGGCGAAAUCAAAACUCUAAGAUCCGGCAGCAGCUGGUAGAUUUAUGGGGCAAUGACACAUACAUGGAUAUAUUCCCAGGGCAACCAUCUUACCCUUAUGAGGAGGGGUUUAGGAGGAGCAAGUAUUGCCUCCAUGUUAAAGGCUAUGAGGUCAACACGGCUAGGGUGAGCGAUGCCAUACAUUAUGGGUGCGUUCCUGUUAUAAUUUCCAACCACUACGAGCUUCCAUUUGCCAAUGUAUUGGACUGGAGCAAGUUUUCAGUUAUUGUCAACAAUGGCGAUGUUGCCUUGUUGAAGAGGACAUUGUUGUCGAUAACAAGACGAAAGUACAUGAGCAUGUACCAUAAUUUGUAUAAAGUUCGUAGGCAUUUUGUUUGGUAUGAGACUCCUAAGGGCUAUGACUCUUUCUACAUGACUGCUUACCAGUUGUGGCUCAAAAGGAGCUCCCUGCGUCUGUCUUCCUAAUUGAAUGGUUGAGGCUUUGAAAAUUGUAUUUUUUA